CCGGGAGUGAGCUAGUGCCAGAUCAGGAAGUGGCGGGCGGAGCCCGGGGCCGAGUGGCCUCUUCAGACGCCGCCGCCGCCGCCAGUGGCGAGACCCCGACCUGGUGGGUCAGCGCUGGGCGUGCAUGCGGGCAGGUGGGGGCGCUGACGAGGGGCAGGAAACUGCGGCCACGCCGGAGUGGGCGGCUGACCGAGGCGGAGACGCUGGGAGGCAGCGGCGGCGGGUCGCGUGGGGCUGCCCUCCUUGCUCAGCACUAUGGAUCCAAGCCUGUUGAGAGAAAGGGAGCUGUUCAAAAAACGAGCUCUUUCUACUCCUGUGGUAGAAAAACGUUCAGUGUCUUCUGAGUCGUCGUCAUCAUCAUCAUCCAAGAAGAAGAAAGCAAAGGUAGAACAUGGAGGAUCCUCAGGCUCUAAACAAAAUUCUGAUCAUAGCAAUGGAUCAUUUAACUUGAAAGCUCUAUCAGGAAGCUCUGGAUAUAAGUUUGGUGUUCUUGCUAAGAUUGUGAAUUACAUGAAGACAAGACAUCAACGAGGAGAUACACAUCCACUAACUUUAGAAGAAAUUUUGGAUGAAACACAACAUUUAGAUAUUGGGCUCAAGCAAAAACAGUGGCUGAUGACCGAGGCAUUAGUCAACAAUCCCAAAAUUGAAGUAAUAGAUGGGAAGUAUGCUUUCAAGCCUAAGUACAACUUGAAAGAUAAGAAGGCCCUGCUUAGGCUCCUAGACCAGCAUGACCAGCGAGGAUUAGGAGGGAUUCUUUUAGAAGACAUAGAAGAAGGAUUGCCCAAUUCCCAGAAAGCCGUCAAGGCUUUAGGGGACCAGAUACUAUUUGUAAACCGUCCUGAUAAGAAGAAAAUACUUUUCUUCAAUGAUAAGAGCUGUCAAUUUUCUGUGGAUGAAGAAUUUCAGAAACUGUGGAGGAGUGUCACUGUGGAUUCGAUGGACGAGGAAAAAAUUGAGGAGUAUCUGAAACGACAGGGUAUUUCUUCCAUGCAGGAAUCUGGACCAAAGAAAGUGGCCUCUAUUCAGAGAAGGAAAAAGCCUGCUUCGCAGAAAAAGAGACGGUUUAAGACUCAUAAUGAACACUUGGCUGGCGUGCUGAAGGAUUACUCUGACAUUACUCCUGGCAAAUAGGGAACACUUUUGCCCUUGAACAAAGAGUUAUGAAUACACAAUCAAGAUCUUUCUUGGUGACGCUUGGGCUCUGAGGACUGUCUUCCAUUCUGCUGCUUAGGACUGAGGAGAGGAGCAGUUCAGUUUACAGUACAAGUGCAAAUUACCAAACUCAAAGCUUAUUUUAAUUGAAUGGGCUAAUGAGAAGUGUGAUGUUCUCUGUUAUCCUUCUGUUACUUCUUGGGAGAAAGGCGCUUUGCAUGGCAUGCAGGUGUCUUUGCUAUUUAUUUCUCCUUCUAAAGGGUUUGUGGUUCCAUUUUUCCUCUUUUACUACUUUAGAGCAAGUUGCGAAUAGUCCUGAAUGCAAUAUUUGUUUAUUCCAGAAGAACAUAUUUAUAAUAAAAUCAUUAUAGAAGGAUUUUUAA